AUGAUUUUUUGGCUUCAUUUUAUGGAUGGGAUUAGUGCGAUUACCCAAAAUUUACCUGUAUUGAAUAACAAUGAAGAAAACGAUCCUAACGAAACUUUGAUCCCCAUCCAAGGCCACAUAAUAUUUCGACAAUAUUUGAAACUGAAGAAACGGCAUCGAUAUAUCGAUAAAAUUUUUAAAUUAUGUUGUGGUGCAGGAUAUACUUAUUCUUUUCAAGUAUACUCGGAAAAAGUAAAAAAUAGAGAUAAAACACCAGAAACAGUAUCGUCCGAGAUUGUAAUGUCUCUUUGCAAAGAUAUAUUGGGUAAAGGGCAUAAUGUCUAUAUAGACAACUUGUAUAUAAGUGUUGAUCUGGCAGAAAAGUUAAUAGCAAAGAAUAUACAUUUAAUUGGUACACCACGGAAAAAUCGACGUGGAAAUUCAGUAGAACUAGUAUCUAAAAAAUUAAAACGUGGAGGACUCAUUGCUCGCGAAAAUAAAUCCAGAAUAACAAUAUUAAAAUGGAAAGAUAAGAGAGACGUAAUGAUGCUUUCAACUAAACAUUCGGCAGAAAAGACUACUGUACAUAAGAAAUUCUAUUCGUGUGAAAAACAAAAAAUGGUUGUAGAAUAUAAUCUAGGAAAAUCAUCAGUCGAUUUAUCAGACCAAAUAAUAGCUUAUAAUUUACCACUACGCAAAACUUUAAAAUGGAAUAGAAAAUUAACAAUAAAACUGUUAUUGAAUACAUGUAUAAAUAAAGUUGCAUUAUAUUCAACAAAAUGUCGUAAUAAUGAUGCUGAAGUAUCCAUGUCUCCACGUGAAAGCUUGCUGAGAAAACCACGACAUGAAUUAAAAGCAAUGCCAGGAAAAACUCCAACGGUGCGAAGAUUUUGCAAAAUUUGUUACCAAAAAAAUUCUAAGAAGUUAGGGAGAAUAAUUGCAAAAAACUGUAGCAAAAAAUUCGUGACAAAUAGCAAAGACUGUGCUGGUUCAUACUUUCUUUGUUUAGAAUGUUUCAAUACGACACAACAUGUUCUAUACUGCAUUCAUUUCUGCUCACCACUACAUCAACGAUGA